AUAAAAUAUUGUUUUAAAUCAUAAAUUCAUUCUACGUUAUGUAUGCUGAAACGAUCCACUUCAUUUGGUUAACUCAUCGGAAUAACGGCUUGAAGCGGGACUACAAUAAAUUGUCAUUUCCUUGAAAUCAAAAGAAAAGUCUUUCUUUUUUUUUUCUUUCUCUUUUCUUUACUCUUUUCUUUUUUUUUCCAUCAUGCCCAAAUCACCUUUGAUGAAACGCCUAUUGGCGUUGUUCAAGAAAACUCAUGAAAAAGACGAUGAAGCUGAUGUUUAUCCCUCUCAGUUGACUGCUGAUUAUGAAGUCACCAAGAAGACUCUUGGUGUUGGUAGUUUCGCUGUGGUCAAGGAAUGUAUACACAAGGAUACAAGAAAGCCUUAUGCUUUGAAAAUCAUUUUGAAAAAAGUCAUUGCAGGCAAGGAACAUAUGUUGGAUAGUGAACUAGAUAUUUUAACAAAGGUGCAUCAUUCUCAUAUUGUAUCUAUGCAUGGAUUAUAUGAAAGUGUGGAUGCUGUUUAUAUUGUGACGGAUCUUGCUAGUGGUGGUGAACUUUUUCAACAACUUUUGGAUAAGGGUAGUUAUACAGAACGUGAUGCAGCUAAUCUUUUACGGCAACUACUUGAAGGACUUGCAUAUCUACAUGAUCUCGAUAUUGUUCAUAGAGAUAUCAAACCAGAAAAUCUUUUGUUUGCAACAAAAGAUGUGGAUGCCAAGUUGAUGAUUACAGAUUUUGGAUUAUCAAAGAUCCUCAAAAACCAUGAUGAUAUUUUGAUGACAGCCUGUGGAACUCCUGGAUAUGUUGCGCCCGAAGUGUUACUUCAAAAAGGACAUGGAAAACCAGUAGAUCUUUGGAGUGUUGGUGUGAUUGCUUUUGUACUUUUAUCUGGUUAUACUCCUUUUUAUGGUGAAGACCAGGCUGCAUUAUUCGAAAACAUCAUGUCUGGAAAAUAUGAAUUUGAUGAAGAAUAUUGGAGCGAUAUCUCUGAUUCUGCAAAGAACAUGAUUGAUCGGCUACUUACUUUUGACCCGGAAAAACGGAUUACAGCUAAAGAAGCACUCAAACAUCCAUGGAUUACUAAUGAAGAAGAACAAACAACUACUGAUACCAACUUGGCACCUGCUGUUCGUAAAGGUUUACACUCUCAUACCAAAUUCAAAUCAGUUGUUACCGCCAUGACCUUACUCAAUCAAUGGAAGCACCUGGAUGAUGAACUUUCAGAUAUUUCCUCUGAUACCGAUUCGGAAGUGGAAAAAGCAACAAGUCAAGUCAACGACCUAGAUAUUCAUGAUGCCACAGCUUAGCACCACUUUAGGAAUAAUAAUUAGUAGAAUUGAUUUGAUACACAUUCCCUUUUAUGCCCUUGUCUAUAUUGAUAUUUCUUUUUUUCUUUUUUUCUUUUUUGUCUCCAUUCCCCCUUUUUUUUUUCUUUUUACCUAAUAAAAGAUCAAACUUU